CCCUUUGUGUGUGGUUGCUUCCAAGUGUUGAUGGUGUUGUGAGAUUCUGCCUCUCCUGUUCUCCUCUCCAACCGGAAGCAGACACAUCUUCUUCACCCAGAUAUAUACAAUUUCUGCUCGUGUGAAUACAUGGCCGAGAAGCAAGAAAUGGACCAGUCGCAAACGCGUCGUCGUCGACGAGAUGGAUCAUCAGCCAACGUUCAACAACGGCUGUGCCCACACUGCGGGCGAAGUUUCAAACGGUCGGAGCAUCUCGAACGCCACGUCCGCACGCAUACUAAGGAGAAGCCAUACAUCUGUCACUGCGGAUCAGCAUUCUCCCGCCGCGAUCUCUUGACACGCCACAUGCGCAUUUCGCACGAGACAAAUGAUGGGGCAUCGAAAUCGCCUGAUGCGCCUGUCUCUGAUGAGAGCCAACAGCCGAUUUCUGAACCGGCCACUCCUAGUGAUCCUGCUUCUUCGUCUAGAUCAGAUUUUGCAAUAGAUCGCGGUGUGCCCUCAUCUCAGUAUCUAGACUCCAAUCAUGAUCUAGGAAUGGUCAGUCAUGGCAGUAGCUCCUAUCAUCAACUUUCUCCACGCCAAGAUUACUAUCACCAAGGCCACCAAUAUUCAACCUAUGAUCAAUACACGGGGUUUUCCAGCAUGUCAGAUACAACAGGCUUACAACAAGACUGGGGCUCGUACUAUCAUGAUCAAGGUACCGAGCAGGACAUGGUAGAUCCUGCGUUACGUGGCUCGAUGAGUGACCAACAGUCGCCUCUUGGACACAAUGACUUCCCAAACCAUGCCUAUAAUCCCUGGAUGUCCGCACCUCAGCAGCAUUGGAGCAAUUAGGAGCGGCGUAAAAUCACCACAAGAACUCGUACUAUGCGCCAAAUCUAUUAUUCUUGGGGAACGGUGGCCCAUCAGUAAUUCUCACUAAUUAGUUUGAACAAAUCCCUGUGGCUUGGGUAUAUGUGGCCACACUACCUUUUCUAUCAUUCUCCUAGGUUUGUUCAACACGGCUCGGCGUCUCUAUGUCUGAUUUGUGAAAAGUUGCAGCAUGGUGUUUACUCUCCUCUGAAAGCUAUUGUGUGUCUUGGGUUAAGGCAUUGAUGACGUUACGAGCCGAUCACCGCUUCAUUGUGCUCAGGGGUGUAACCCCCAAUAUCGAAAGAACAAACAUCUCAGGGUUGCAACAAUAUAGCUCAGCCAAAUACUAAUC